CCCCAGCAAAUACUUUUAUUUGGUUUCCAGGUUUUGAAAAUUAGAUUUGAUGGCACAUGAGACUUAAUCUAUAUGAGUAGUUUCUGCAAAAAAAACCCCAAAUCUUUCAGCACAAAACCGGAUUCCUACGUUGGCAUUCUUUCCUGGUACGAAAGAGUUGAAGCGACUGUGGUUGGAGAGGUUUGGGCGUGGAGAUUCCUGCGUUGAAGCCUUGCCAAGGAGAGAAAACAACCGCUAUGGAAACGACUAACAUUCGUCAAACUCGGGCACAAAGAGGCUCAGAGCCAUCUGUUUCUCCCUUUGCCAUCUGUGGACCAAGACCCAUGGGCUCUGGAAGGUUGGUGCUGGCCCCGCCGGCCAGAAACGUGGUGGUCUAUCGCAACGGAGACCCCUUCUUCAAGGGCCGGAGGUUGGUGGUCAGCCAGCGGCGCUUCCUGACCUUCGAGGCCUUUCUGAACGAAGUGACCGGCAUCAUCCAGGCCCCUGCGGCCGUCCGGAGCAUCUAUACACCCCGUCACGGACACCGGGUCAAUGGCUUGGAAGGCCUGGAAAAUGGGCAGCACUACGUCGCGGGGGGCUUUGAGCGCUUCAGGAGGCUCGAUUAUCUAAACCCUGAAAUGAAGCCACUGAACAGAAAGAUGACAAAAGACAGAACACAAGACUAUCCAGGUAUUUCCCAAAGGACCUCAGGUUCAGGCCAAUGGAGGAGACCCACAAACUUACCCUGCAUCAUACACAUCUUCCGCAACGGGGACCUGCUGAGCCCCCCUUUCCGCCUGAUCCUCAACAAGAGCCUCCUGCAAGACUGGGGCGCCAUCCUCGAACUCCUGUCCGAAAAGGCCAACCUGCGCAGCGGAGCCGUCAGAAAGCUCUACAAGCUGAAUGGGGAGCCGGUGCACGGCGGCAAGGAGCUGAUCAGCGGGGACUACUACGUGGCCGUGGGGCUGGAGCCCUACAAGAACCUGCCGUACUUUGAGCUCCUGGUGCCCCCCAAGAUGGUCCUCCAGUCCUUCCGGAACUUUCCCAAUAACCGACGGUGGACCCAGAAUCAAGGGAUUGGCAAGCUCCUUUUGCUUUCCCAAGACGGGUGCAACGACUCCGAAUUCCUUGAACCACCACAGCAGGUGUGUCCUUCUCUUGACCAGGACCCGCAGCCGGCCCAGUCCACCGGAGCAGAGCAAGCCGAAAAGGCCCCCAUUGGCCCCACUGCAGCAUCUCUAGGGCACAAACCGAGCAGGAGACACCAGGAGAAGGAGGCAUCGGUUUUCCAUGCCAAGGCAGCCCAGACGGAAGGAGCCAGCCAGCAGCCACGUCGGAGCAUGGAGCAAGAAAGAAGCAGUGUCUACAAAAGGAAAGGUGCGCUGAAGGAGGUGGCCCAUGCGCCAGAGGUGGGGGAGGAUGAGGACACGCAGGUGGAGCUGCCCUUGGACCAGAAAGAUGCAGAGACUGUGGAAGAGGAGGUUAUCCCCAAGACCAAGCCUUUGCCACGCAAAAAAGUCGAGCCCACCGACAAAGUGCAGGCGGUUCAUCCUAUUCGGCGCUCGGCCGGAGACCCAGGACAGGAAGUGACCCAAAAGUACCAUUUCCUUCCAACUUGGGGAAAGGCGGCUGCGUCGGAGAAAUGACCCUAACAUCAGAGGCCCAUUUUUGAUUCCCCUGUGAGUGAGGUUUGGGGCGGUCUUUGCUCUCGCCCUCUCUCAUGGAAAUCCGUAAAAUAAAUGUGUAAAACCA